CGCCGAACCUACAGGUCAAUCCCAUCUGAAGUUCUAGACGGAAUCGCCGAAUCACUACUCGCUGGUUGCCACGGCUUUUCAAGUGUGGGGGCCUUCUCAUUGGUCUCCUACCAAUUCCGUCAGGUCGCUUUGCGACGGUACUUCGCAAAGUUGAGGAUCCGUUCAGCAAAAAGAUGGGAUGCGUGUUGCAGGAUCCGAGGAGCAUGCCUGUGGGUCCGGGGGCUCUCGGCAUUGUCGGCAUCUUUCGGGCCUCACGUCGGUGCCCUGCUCUGCUUCAUAAAUCUGCGUUAUCUGGACUUGGAUUUCUCUUCAGAAGGCUUGUCGACGCAGUCAGCGCGUGCGCGGGUGAUUCUCGAGAACAUCACUGCGGCCCUGGUUGUGCUCAAAAUAAGAAGGCUUUCUCGGAUCGACGUCAUACUACUCACUCUAAUCGCUGGGUUGUUCCCCUCCCUAUCAACACUGGAACUGUCGUGCACGGAAAGGCUGGAUCUCGCCUGCUGCUGGAUAUGCUAUGAAGAAUCCUCGAGCUGUGUCAUACACUCUCCUGUCCCUGAGCUGUAUCCGUCAGCCAACCAUCUCGCGAAGGCGUUUGGGCGGGCGCUGCAACCCUUGCAAAGGCUGAAGAGCGUGUUCCUGGGUGUCUACCUCUCGGACGCAGACAUGCUCUAUCGCCACCUUGACCGCUGCGCGGCGUUCCCAGCCACACCAUCUCCAAGCUCAGGCCACUUCUUUCUGGCGCCGCCGUUCGGGCCGGACAGAUGCGACACCUGCAAGGGCGAGCACCACGCGGUCGUGCGGGAGCGAGAGCGGCUGGCAAGCAGAACAAUCGCCGAACAACUUCCCUCGCUUGAGACGAUUGGGUGGAGUUCCUACUUCACGAGGGAGGAGGGGAUCGAACGCGGGCGAUGA